AGCAUAAACCACUUAAGAUGAAGAUGUUUUCAAGUAUUAAAACUUUUCUGCGUCCAUCGUUUUCUUCCGUUCUUCUGCUUCUUUUUCCUUUCCAUCACUGACCCAGUCCGGUUCUGAAAAACCGGCGAAUCACCGGUUUUUGCCGGUUCACUCCGGUUUAAAAGCAUGGCCGAUCCGUUAGCUAGUUCGAACCACUUACCCCUCCGGUUCUCGGUCCAACCGAUUCGACCGGCCGGUCCGAGCCGGUUUUUAAAAGUAUGCGUAAAAUAAGUUCUAUAUAAACUCACCCGUUGCCACUUUCCUCCAAAAUAAGGGUUUUGUCGUUUUGCAGAUCUUGUGCCGUCGUUGAAUACUGCAAAUAUGGCUACCCAAAUGAGCAAAAAGAGAAAGGUUGUUGCUGAUGGAGUUUUGAACGCUGAAAUGCACGAGUUUCUGAGCCGUGUACUCGCUGAAGAUGGUUACUCCGGUGUUGAGAUUAGGGUUACCCCUAUUCGCACCGAGAUCAUCAUCAAAGCUACUCGUACCCAAGCUGUUCUUGGUGAGAAGGGAAGGAGGAUUAGAGAGCUAACCACAUUGAUUCAUAAGAGGUUUAACUUUCCUGAGAACAGUGUCCAACUUUAUGCUGAAAAGGUCAGCAAUAGAGGACUUUGUGCUGCUGCUCAAGCUGAAUCUCUUCGUUACAAGCUCCUUGGUGGUCUUGCCGUCCGCAGGGCCUGCUAUGGUGUUUUGAGGUUUGUUAUGGAAAGUGGUGCCAAGGGAUGUGAGGUCAUUGUCAGUGGAAAAUUGAGGGCUCAAAGAGCUAAAUCAAUGAAGUUCAAGCAUGGAGACAUGCUUUCUUCUGGGCAGCCAGUGAAAGAUUACAUUGAUUCUGCAGUUAGACAUGUGCUCCUCAGACAGGGUGUUCUUGGUAUCAAAGUGAAGAUCAUGCUUGAUUGGGAUCCUAAAGGGAAACAAGGUCCUAAAACUCCCCUCCCUGAUAUUGUCACUAUCCACACUCCAAAGGAGGAGGAGGUAUACAACCGCCCCGCCACUAUUUUGCCCACCACCAAUAUUGAGGUGCCUAUUGUUGCUUAAAGAUGUUUUAAUUUUUCUGGAGAAUUUCACAGGAGCUGGUCUCGUAUGCAAUGUUUAUUUUCAAACACUCCGUUCAAAAUUUUGUAGUUUUUUUACUCGUUAAGAAAGAUGUUUUUAUUUUAGAAUAAGUUGAGAAAGUUGUUAUACUCGGUUAAAAAGUGUUUAAGCAUUGAUUAUUGUUUCUUUUCA